AUCUUGAACUUCUCAACAUUCAGGGUAAUAAGUUGAUCGAAAUGUCUGAUUCUCUAUCCAAGUUUCCGUCCUCAUUGAAAUAUCUUCAACUCAAUAACAACACAAUCUACACUGUACACAAUGAUUCGUUAACAGGCCAGUCUGGCCUCGAAAUCCUUUGGUUAAAUUGGAAUAAAAUCCAAAAGUUGACUAAACAAGUUUUCGCUUCGUGUUCAGGGUUACAAAAGUUGUAUCUCGAAAAUAACGAGAUCUCAUCAAUUGAAGUUGGAACAUUUGAAUCUCUAAGCCAACUGAUUUACUUGAACCUCGAGAACAAUAAUCUUAAUCACUUGUCGGAAGGUGUUUUUCGUGGUGUCACCUCAUUAGCAAAGCUCUACCUAUCAGGUAAUCACUUGAUGGACAUUGAGCCAGCAAGUUUCAGUUCGUUGUCAUUGUCAUUAAGAUAUUUGUCAAUGUCUAACAAUCAGCUGUACGUUAUACGAAAUCAUUUUUUCACCAAUCUUUCAAAUCUUGAUGAACUCUAUCUGUCUAAUGUUAUGGUAGAGGAAAUUGACCCUUUAACUUUUAGUUACUUGACCUCAUUGACAAUCCUUGAUCUGAGUGACAAUAAUUUAUCAUCCGACAAACUGGAUACAUUGGCACUUCCAUCCACUUUGAAGCACUUGAACAUCUCAUCAAAUAACGGGACAUCUUUGAAAAGCUACCAUUUCCUAUCGACAUCAAGUUUAUCCAUUUUUGAUGCUUCUUUUUCUGGAAUAUCUUCUUAUUUUAAAAUUGUAUCUUCGUCGUCUUCUUCAUCGUGUUCAUCUUUACACACUCUCUUCCUUCAAGGUAAUGGAUUGACUUCAGUUUUCAGUGAAGAUACAAUUCCACCAUCGUCAAUAUCAUGUCCACAAUUAAGUGAAUUAUAUCUUGAUUAUAAUCUAAUUGAAUUUCUUCCUAAGCCCGAACUUGGUAUGUCCUUUCCCUCUCUAAGGGUAUUAUCUUUAUCCUCUAAUCGUCUUCGUCAUAUUGGCUCAGGCUCAUUUCGUCAUUAUCAGCACCUUGAGAAACUUAAUCUAUCCAAUAACUCACUUUCCACUCUUGACCCUGGGUCACUUGUAAAUCUAAGAUAAGGUAAGAUUUAAGUAUCUCCGGCUCAUUUGAAUCUCUUACCGAGUUGACCAUAAGUUCAGGUAAUUUAUCAAUAAUUACCUCACACGAUU